GACGGGUGUGCUUCGAAGAAUUAUUUGUUUUGAUUCCAUUGUGCUUUGGGGAAAAUAUUAGCUCAUAAUUCGCGCAUCGUGCCGUUCGGGUAAUAGGACACUAGCCGCAGCAUGUAAAAGCAACGUUAAGCUUUUCCGAAAUUCUUCCACAAGCUGCUCGGUGCUGAGAAGGGUAAACAAUUGUGUUCUGCGGCGCACAUUAAACAGAGGAAUAGAAGCGAGGUAUCACACCGAGGUAUCGAGAGAGUGAUAAAAAAUGGGCGACAAAGGUGGACAAGGCCCUACGGCCCAGCCGUUGGUGAAGAUCGGUCACUACAUUCUUGGCGCCACUCUCGGCACGGGCUCCUUCGGAAAGGUGAAGGUUGGGGAGCACACAGUGACGAAGCACAAGGUGGCCGUGAAGAUUCUGAAUCGCCAGAAGAUCAAGAGUUUGGAUGUGGUCGGCAAGAUUCGUCGGGAAAUCCAGAAUCUCAAACUAUUCCGUCAUCCGCACAUUAUCAAGCUGUACCAGGUGAUCUCGACACCGACCGACAUCUUUAUGAUUAUGGAGUACGUGAGCGGGGGCGAGUUGUUUGACUACAUCGUCAACAACGGCAAGCUGCAGGAGUCGGAGGCGCGCCGGUUCUUCCAGCAAAUUAUCUCCGGCGUUGACUACUGCCACCGGCACAUGAUAGUUCAUCGGGACCUGAAGCCCGAAAACUUGCUUCUCGAUCACAAUCGUCACGUGAAGAUUGCCGAUUUCGGGCUUUCGAAUAUGAUGCUGGAUGGAGAGUUUCUGCGCACCUCCUGCGGUUCCCCGAACUACGCGGCCCCGGAAGUAAUCUCCGGCAAGUUGUACGCCGGCCCGGAAGUGGACAUAUGGUCGUGCGGGGUGAUUCUGUAUGCGCUUCUCUGCGGUACAUUGCCAUUCGACGACGAGCACGUGCCGACGCUCUUCCGGAAGAUCAAAUCGGGCGUGUUUCCCAUCCCGGAGUAUCUCAAUAAGCAGGUCGUAAGCUUGCUGUGCCAGAUGCUGCAGGUUGACCCGUUGAAGCGGGCCACGGUGGAGGAGAUAAAGAAGCACGAAUGGUUCCAAAAGGAUCUUCCGGCGUAUCUGUUCCCUUCGCCCGUCGAGCAGGACAGUAGCGUCAUCGAUACGAACGCGGUGCGCGAGGUAUGCGACAAGUUUGGCGUGAAGGAGCACGAGGUACACAAUGCCUUACUCAGUGGCGACCCGCACGAUCAGCUGGCCAUCGCGUACCAUCUCAUCAUCGACAACAAGCGCAUUGCGGAUGAGGCAGCAAAGGCGGAGCUGAAAGAAUUUUACGUCGCCGGAAGUCCACCGCCACCGGGUGUGGACAGCAAGUUUGGCACUCCGCAACCGGCAGCAAUCGCCGCCGCGGCCGCCGCAGCACAGAACGAACCAUUCAAAUCGCCAUCGAUCCACCCGGAGCGCAUUGCUCCGUUGCGUGACCGGCCCGUAGCACCACCGAUGGCCGCCAGUGUGCCCAUCAGCCCGGCUGCACUCAGUAGCAUGUCACAGGCGGUUGGCGUGCCGAUCGAUAAGCACCGCGGAACGCCGGUGAAGCGUGCCAAGUGGCAUCUCGGCAUACGGUCCCAAUCGAAACCGAAUGACAUUAUGCUUGAGGUGUACCGUGCGAUGAAGGCGCUCGACUUUGAGUGGAAAAUCAUAAACCCCUACCACGUACGCGUCCGCAAGUACAACGAGCGGAACGAGAAGCAUGUCAAAAUGUCGCUGCAGCUGUAUCAGGUCGACCCGAAGAACUAUCUCCUCGACUUCAAGUCGCUAACGAACGACGAGGUCGAGCAGGGAGACGACGUGAUCAUGGAAAGCCUUACACCACCACCACCGGUUGGAUUCGGCGGGAUGGGCAUUCCGACGACGCACCAACCGAGCGGUCACCAUACGAUGGAGUUUUUUGAGAUGUGCGGUGCCUUGAUAGCGCAGUUGGCACGCUAAAAGAGCCAUGGAUUCCUUCUUUAUUACUAGAGUUCUACAAACACUGUUAAAUAAUACCAAACAACAAAUUCGCCACUAUGUAGCUGUUUUGAACAAAUAGAUAUAAUAAACGGGAAUA